CUAUUUUUAAUGGUAUGACGCCUCUUAUAUUUUCUUCCAUUUCAGAUCGUUUUUACAUUGCAUCGAAACUUGUUCGGUCUGGAAUCGCGUAACAGCCGUCAAAAUACAACCAACAUAUUUGUGGAAGGCAAAUGAACUGGAGACAAAUCGGGAAUAAAGACAAAACCAACCGCACAGAAUUCCUUCACUCGAAAAUUGAAUAAAUCGGCCUCAUCUGUCCUCCCUGUCAGGCCACUCGCAUGGUUCCACCAGAUUCGGCGUACGGACGGAACACCACUCCUAUCGGAAAACCAGUUUCGACCCGAUGAGAGGAGGCUCUGAGAUGGUGACAUGUUGCUGCCAGAUCAAACGUACGAACAGGCCAACAACCAUCAUCAGGACUACUUACGGCGAUCAUAUGAUGAAUUCAACCGAAUCAUCGAUCUGAAAGAAAUCGAUGUCAAGCGGCUGCACCGCAACAUUUUCGACAGCGACAACGCGGACGAGUUUGUGGUGCUGACGAAUAAUGAGAUGAAAUUUUGUCAGGCCAGUCGAAGUGGUAGCAGCAGCUUGCCCAGCGGACUUGGAAUUAGUGGGCCUGGAUCGAGUGGAGGCAGCGGCAAGAGUCCAGGCAAGGAAGACACCGACAGUGCUAUUUGGAGCACCAGAGAACAAUUGAAAGGCAAGAAUGACAAUGGCGAAAUUGUAUCGUCGAAUGUGGUAACGAGUCUUGACGGAUCGGGAACUGGAAAGAGUGGAGUCAACGGAAGGAACCGAGGUACAGAACGGAGGCGUCAACGCUCAACGAGACGACCGAACGACAGCAGUAGCAGUAGUUUGAGUAGCGAUAUCCAAACGGACGUUGGCAGCGACGAAGAUGUGGAAAAAGGUCCGUUCAACGUCCGGCGGGGCGGGGAUGAACUGGGGAAUGAUUACGACAAGACGUCGGAUUUCUUCAACAACAUUCCGGAGUUUCAAGGUGAAUCGCUGGGUCCGUUCAGUUUGAAAAACAAGAACGAUUUGAACAUCCGAACCAACAUAGAUAUCCUGCGUGCCUGCGAGUUGUUUCUGAUGCGCAACCGUAUCCGGCCGGACUUUUUCUGCAAGUACAAAACAACCGUCAAUGCCUCCGUUUCGGCGCCUCCUUCGUUUCCGCUAUCCGGCUCGAGGACGCCCGUCGAAAGCAUCAUUCGUAAGCCAAAAAGCGUGUCUCCACCAAUGCAGCGGCCGCCAUCCUCGCAUCGUACGAAUCCAGGUUCAAACCCGGCCAAAACCAAUGCGGCAAUCAAUGCACUUUACAGCGUGCCGAACCGAGCCGGCAAGAGGAGACGAUUUAUUGCCGCUUCAAACACAGGUAAGUGACGAUGGCGCUGAACGGUGGCGGAUUGGUGAAGAUAAAUGUUUCAGUGGAUAUGAGUGAUAUUUCAUUUGUGAGUUGGGGUCACCAAUAUAGACAUGACAUCUGGAAGUGCCGUGUUUAAAAUUAUCAGAAAUUGCAUUGAUUUCUAUAUUUCUAUGAGACUACAGAAUCUUGUUU